AUUUCUCUCCCUCUCUUUCUCCUUCUCUUCCUCUCUCUCUAAAAAUAAAUAAAUAAAAAUCUAAAAAAAACCCAAACCAACAACUGCCAAACUAUCUUCCAGUGUAGCUGUAUCAUAAAAAAGCCAUCAUUCCCAAGAAAGAACAGCUAUGGACUUUACAGCAGCAAAUAGACAUUCCUCUGUCUUUUUCGUUGUGCUGUGGGCCAGUGAAAAGCACAAUGGGGAUGCCACUGCCUCUAAUCCCUUUGACUUGUUUGAGGACAGAACCAAACAUGAGCUAUAGGUGUAGCAAGAAGGAGCUGGAUAGAGCGAAGAAAGACAUCUCCUUUGGAGGCCUUUAAAGAACACGUGGGCACCAUGUUUGCUUAGGAUGUGAGGGUUGCAGAAUCAAUUCCAUGGAUUGGUGAGACCAGUAGCUCUGGGUCACACCUCAGAAAAGGGCAGGGAUCUUGUUCUGAAAGAUCUUUUCACAGAUCUACCAGGGUAGGUAACCUUGGCACUAAAAACAGUGCUCAUCAGGCAGGUGUUCCCUUCCUGGAGUUCGUGGAUGGUGAUAGUUGGUCCUAUGGCCUCAAGGAGGCCUGCAGGGGCCUCUUUUCCAUGCAGGGAGCCCAUGUAGGGGUAGGCUACGUGGGGCUGCAUGGAGCAGUAGGAGUGACUCGAGGAGGACCAAGGCUGGCAGAGAGCAAAGAAGAGAAUGGCUACGUAAGAGUGUUGCAUGUAGCUGGGUAUGAUGGCGAAGGCUCUGGGUGGACCAGCCUGGCUAGCUGCAUCAUCCUUGCGGAGGCUAUUUUCCUAUUUCUUCACGUCCUUCAAGGCCUGGGGCGGCCCAGGACCCAGAGCUUCUAACAGAAGCUCACAGCCAGGCAGGUGAAGCCUGUUCUGGUACAGCCAUGCUCAGUGCUGGCUCUGGGCAUGAGCCUGGCUUGGGGCCUGUCACCUGGUUCUGUACCAGAAGGUGAAGUCAGCAGAUGUGGGGACAUGGGGUGAAGGAGGAGGAGAGAAGGGUCUGGUCUCACCUGCCCCAUCCUAGUGGGGAAGAUCAAGGCCUCCCAAGGUGGGCUCUCAUCUUCUAGGUUGGUGGCAUCUUCUGAGUCCAGAGGAGGCCUCAAGCCUCUUCCUGCUCUGUGGUGGUAGUAGUAGGGGUGGAUAAGGGCAGGGGGUUUGGAACAUGGAACUCACAAAGUUAGGCCCCCAUGGUUUAAAGGCACAGACCUACUCAAAUUUUAACCCUGGGGUUUCAGAAUGGUAGGUCUGGAUCUCCUCAGGUUACAAAUGCAGAAACUGAGACCCAGGCAAAGGCAGUCCCUUCCUCCUUUGCGGUCACACUGGUUAAAUGGUCCUGGGGCCCCUGCAUCCAGAUUCUCUGUCACUGUUCUGCUUUUAAAUCCUCAAAGAACAACAGAAGUCAUGACCCAAGCACCUGCUAAGUGCAGGAUUGUGCUGGAUGUUAGAGUGCAGACAACUGCCCUUGAGAGUUUUUGGUCACUUAGGUAUAUUUAUUUAACGUAAAUAAAUACACGUCAUAGGAGGACAUGCAGAUGCUGGAAGAUGAUGGGUUUGCCUCAAGACGCUGCAGAACUUUAUAAGGUGUGUCCCUCUUCUCAGGGGGGCCCUACCUGCAGAAGCACCUGAGGCUCCGCAGUGGAUCUGUGGUGAAGAGAACGAAGACAGGAGGGGCAGGGAAGUGAGGGAACUGGAGUUGCCAGUGGGCACACCCCAAACACCCCUCUCAGAAACUUUCAAAGGCCCAGCCCAGAAAUUGGGCCUCUGCUGCCCUCUAAUGGAAGAAGGGCAGCCUCCAGAGCCACCCGCGGGGGCCCCACCAACCUGACUCCCUUGAAGAAGAGGGGAUGUGGAGACACUUCCUGCCCUAGACUGUUCAGACCCGAAGUCUCUUGACCUUCAUCUCCUACAGCCUCUAAGUUAAACUUGCCUUCGAAGCAUCUCUUUCUGUUCUGUUUCCCGACUACCCUCUAUCCCACCAUUUCUCCCAUUUCCUUUGUUGCCUGGGUUCCGAUUCUGGGACUCUGGUUUCUGGCCCCGCCAGAGUUCUGGUUCCGGAAGGCCCUUACCCAGUGCCUCGGGCCUCGCUCCCACCUGGGUGCAAGCACUGAGGACAUGGGCAAGAGCGUCCAGCAGUGCCUGAAGCAACUGGACAUCCGCAAAAGUGUAGUGGGCCUGGCCACUGGUGCUGGGGCCAUCUACCUGCUCUACAAGGCCAUCAGAGCUGGCAUAAAAUGCCAGCCGCCCCUCUGCACUGCCUCACCCAUCUGCAUCGCCCGUGAGUGUCCGGGCCCUGGGGAGAGGGCUCAGCCCCAAGAGCCACCUGCUCCCGAGGCCUCCAGUAUGGGAGAGCCCAAAGGCCUGGCAAUCGAGCGAGAGCGGCACGGGCGGGACUCAGGUGAGCUCCGGAGGCUUCUCAACUCUUUGGAGUACAAACAGGAUGAGUACGCCAAGAGCAUGAUCCUGCACAGCAUCACCCGCUGCGUGUACUUGCUGGAGGCAGAGGCCUCUGCUUGUACCACUGAUGACAUCGUGCUGGUGGGCACCAUGCUGGAUGACAAGGACAACAGUGUCAAAAUCCAAGCUCUGAACACACUUAAAGCUUUCUCUGGCAUCAGAAAAUUCAGGCUCAAAAUUCAGGAACAGUUCAUCAAGGUCCUGGAACUGAUAUCCACCAUCUGGGACUCAGACUUGCAUGUUGCAGGCCUCAGACUCCUCAACAACCUUCCACUGCCGGACUUUGUGCACCCACAGCUGCGACGGGUGAUGCCUGCCUUGAUGGAGAUUCUUCAGUCGGACUAUAUCCUGGCACAGGUACAAGCUAUACGGCUGCUGAGCUACCUGGCACAGAAGAAUGACCUUCUGUAUGAUAUUCUCAACUGCCAGGUCCACUCCAACUUCCUGAACCUGUUCCAGGCCACACAGCCGGGGAGUCUGCUGUUCGAAGUCCUAGUGUUUGCGGAGCGGCUGAGUGAGGGCCGGAACACACCGCAUUACCGCGCCGUGAAAUGGCAUUACAAUGAGCAGUCUCUGCACGAAGCCCUCUUCGGGGACGAGUCACGACUGGCAGACCGGCUGCUGGCCCUGGUCAUCCACCCCGAGGAGGAGGUUCAGAUCCAAGCCUGCAAGGUCAUAGUCAGCCUGCAGUACCCCCAGGACAUGCGCAUGCAGCCCUCCUCCUGCCGGACCACUCAUUCCUACUUUAAUAAUGGGGAAUAAAAUUAAGGAGAGCCAAUAAAUGAGUGUGGGAGA